CCUUUUUUUCUAGAAGAGAAGAAGAAAAUGACAUAACUAACAGUUUAACAUUUUAAGGUUAUAUGUGGAUUUGUGAUUCCUCCGUGAUUUGUGAAGUUAAGAUUUUGUUUAGGAAAUAUGUUUCAAUAAAAUGUUAAUGUAGUAGGUGUUAUGAGGUAUUAUUGUUCAAAACUAUGAACAUAUGUAUUCUUUAAACACAACAAUUAGAUAGUGAGCUACUUGAAUGAAGCUAAUGUGAUAAUAGUAAAAGCUGGUCUGCUUGAAAUUCAAUCAGUUGAUGAGAAUAGAAGUUAAAAUGAGUAAUUUCAAUAGUACGACUUCUUUUAGUUCUAAUAAAAGUUCAUCACAAUUUAGAAAUUCAAUUUGCUCUAGUAAUAUGGAACAGAAAAUGUGUCGAUUAUGUUUACGUCAAAUUUUGAAUCAAAAUUUUAAAGUUGUGGAUUCUUCCAUUACAUGUAUGAUUAAGUUAAUUUUACCCGAAUUGAAAUUAACCAUAUGCGAGAAUCCAGUAAUUUGUAAUAAUUGUUUAGACACACUGGAACAGUCAUCUAAAUUUAGAAAAGAGUGUUUAGAUAAUGACUUUGAACAAGAUUGUAUAGAAAUGAAAAUGGAUGUAACUCGAAUGUUAGAUUUAGGCAAGCUUUUAGAAAACAGAGGAUAUGCAUAUAGAAAAAAUAUGAAAAUAUGUAGGACGUGUUUGUCUUCAAGAGAUGAAAGAAGAUUGUAUAUAAAAAUAAGUAAAAUUCGGGAUGAUCCCUUACGAAGUAUGUUUGAGAAAUGCUUCCCAACAAUGAUAAUCGAUGAAAUAAAAAAUCCUGUGGUAUGCAAUGUGUGUCUUGAAAAUUUGGAGGAAUACUUUAAUUUUAUAAUGGAAUGCCUGAGUACAGAAGAAAAAAUAAAUUAUUAUUGCGAAGUUAACAAGUCGAUCAAAAAAGUUAACUUGCAUAAUGUUUAUGUAUUCUCGGAAUCUGUAGAUAACGACGAUAUAUCGAAUACCUGCGUGGGCGUGGACCAAAUUGAUGAUACACAGAUGAUAACAGAAAGUGUACCGGAAAUAGGACACAAUUCGAAUUCUUCCAAUCCUUGUACUGAAAAGAAUUCUGAGAUUGAAAAAGCCGAAAUUAAAAAUUACAAAAAUAAACACAAAACCAACGAUGUAGUUACGUUCCAAAUAACAAAAAGCAAUAACGGUGAAGAAAUUAUAACAGAAACGUUAGAGGAUAGCGACGAUGAAAUGGAUAGUGAUUUGUAUACACCUAUGAGUCAAGUUUUAAAUGUAAAAUACUCUAAAGACCCUAAUCAGGACGAAGUUCACACGGAGGAGUUUGUAGAUGAUAAGCGUGAUGAUGAUAUGUUAGUGGAUGUACCAGAUUAUGCUGAAAGUACUGGAGAAGAUACAGAUGAUUCAGACUAUGGGUCAAAAAGCGGUCGAUUCCGAACAUGUAAACUUUGUGAUUUUAGGACCAAAUCUGCAAUUUUAUUUACAACCCAUAGAGCGACGCAUAAGGUUGUUUUUAAAUGUGACUUCAGGAUGGGCAAAAAAAGAUGCAAUUUUAUAUCUGUAGAUAAUGAAAAAUAUCAGAAGCAUCGCGAAGAAUGUCAUGUGGGAAAAUUGGCUGCACUUAACACUCCUGUUACUACUGUCACGAAAGCCAAUUUAUCUAAACAUAUGAACUCUCAUAAACCAGUUUUACAAACCUCUAAGACCAAUACACAGACAUUGUUAAAAACUUUUAAUUUAAAAAUGCAUAAAUGUCAGUUUUGCCCCUAUCAAACCAGAAGACGUGCGAAUUUGGCUAGACAUAAUAUGUCUGUGCAUUACAAAGUUAGCGUAAUUCAUAGAUACAAAUGUAAAAAAUGCCCCUUCGAAACAAUACAAAAAGAGAACUUUUAUUCUCAUAUCCAAAGUCACAAAUCGGAAAGUCAAACCAAAAAAUGCUUCUUAUGUUCGUUUCAGCCGAAAUCCGAUGAAGAUCUUAAAAAGCAUGUCGAUCUAGUUCAUAAGAAUAGGCAAACUUAAAUUUAACAAAUAUUUGAUGAGGAAAAGUAUGUAACAUUACAUUUUGGAUAGUUAAGUCUUUAAGUUCACAUAUGAAAUUCGAUUACGUAAACAAAAAAUGUUGUAGUGUCUUGUUUUGGUUGUGAUCUUUGAAUAGAAAGAUUAAGGAAGGAGCAUAUCAAGAAACUUAGGUUUUUUUAAAGAAUUUCGACCUUAUUGAUUUGAAAAUAACGAUUGUAUUUACGACGUUUUUGCUAAUCACGGCAGAGCGCGUUGGGGACCUAAGAUGGCCGACUUAAAUUCCGGUUUAAAAGUGCUGUUCUAAUUUUAUUUAACAUGUAAAAAUAUAAUGUAGGAUACGCUCAAUAAUUUGUUGUUUUAUUUUACGCUGUUUACAAAUGUUGGUAGUCGCCAAGUCGAGCACAGCCGUACCAUUCUUUUCUCGAAGGUAUUAGCGGCACUUUUGACCACCCUGUAACCAGUUGCGUAACUAAAUUUUUGCUGCGAACUGUCAUUCUUGAAAUAUGGUCCAUAUUUAUGUUUUUAACGGGAUACCCUGUAUAUUAUAUUUUUAUUUUAUUUGACUUUUGAUAUUUUCCAAUAAAUCUGAUAGACAGCGUGUUAUCUAAAAGCUGGCAGUUUAUUAAGAUAACACAAUGGAAAGUGAAAUUAUCUGGUUAAAUUAAAUAAAAUAAAAUGAUAAUACCCUUUAUACUAGACUAGUUGAAGCAUGGCCCAUCCGCCACGACACACAGUGCUUCGAACAUAUGGCUCUAGAGGACAAAAAUCCAAAACUUCUCUUUUAUUGUAAGCAAUUUAUUCAAACUAGGUUUAUUUGACACAAAUGAUGAGUACUCUCAUUGUA